AGAUGGCGCCCCCAGGAGCUGGGAGCGGGUGACCGGCGGCGGGGAAGCGGCCUGGGUUGGCCCUCAGAUUGCGGGGUCCCGGGGGCCUGUCGCGGGGCGCCCCCGUGACCCGCCGACCAGGCCUUCCCCCGGGCCGGAGCGAUGGCCGCCGAGAACAGCAAGCAGUUCUGGAAGAGGAGCGCCAAGCUGCCGGGGAGUAUUCAGCCUGUGUAUGGAGCUCAGCACCCUCCUCUGGAUCCUCGGCUCACCAAAAACUUCAUCAAAGAACGGUCGAAAGUCAACUCAGCUCCUCUGAAGAACAAGAAGGCCUCUAGUUUCCAUGAGUUUGCCCGGAAUACCAGUGAUGCCUGGGACAUAGGCGAUGAUGAGGAAGAGGACUUUUCCUCACCUCCUUUCCAAACUCUGAACUCGAAAGUGGCUUUGGCAACUGCGGCCCAAGUCCUGGAGAACCACAGCAAGCUGAGGGUAAAACCUGAACGGUCGCAGUCGACAACAUCAGACGUCCCUGCCAGCUACAAGGUCAUAAAGUCCAGCAGUGAGGCCCAGCUGUCCCGAAACUCCAGUGACACGUGCCUGAGGAACCCACUCCACAAACAGCAGUCUCUCCCUCUCCGGCCCAUCAUCCCCCUUGUUGCCCGGAUCUCAGACCAGAAUGCUUCUGGGGCCCCUCCAAUGACAGUCCGGGAGAAAACCCGUCUAGAAAAGUUUCGGCAGCUGCUUUCCAGCCACAACACUGAUUUAGAUGAAUUGAGGAAGUGGAGCUGGCCAGGCGUUCCCAGGGAAGUUCGACCGGUCACCUGGAGACUGCUGUCGGGCUAUCUUCCGGCAAACACCGAGCGGCGGAAGUUGACCCUGCAGAGGAAGCGGGAGGAGUACUUUGGCUUCAUUGAGCAGUAUUAUGACUCUCGGAAUGAGGAGCAUCACCAGGACACCUACAGACAGAUUCACAUUGACAUUCCAAGGACAAAUCCUCUCAUCCCAUUGUUCCAGCAGCCGCUUGUCCAGGAGAUCUUUGAAAGGAUUCUCUUUAUCUGGGCCAUCCGACACCCCGCCAGCGGUUACGUCCAGGGCAUUAAUGACCUGGUCACUCCGUUCUUUGUCGUCUUCCUCUCAGAAUACGUGGAAGAGGAUGUAGAGAACUUUGAUGUGACCAACUUGUCUCAGGACAUGCUGCGAAGCAUUGAAGCUGACAGCUUCUGGUGCAUGAGCAAGCUGCUGGACGGGAUCCAGGAUAAUUACACCUUCGCACAGCCGGGGAUCCAGAAGAAGGUCAAGGCACUGGAAGAGCUUGUCAGCCGCAUCGAUGAGCAGGUACACAGUCACUUCAGGAGGUACGAGGUAGAGUACCUGCAGUUUGCCUUUCGGUGGAUGAACAACCUGCUGAUGCGGGAGCUUCCUCUGCGCUGCACCAUCCGCCUGUGGGACACCUACCAGUCUGAGCCGGAAGGGUUCUCACACUUCCAUCUCUACGUGUGUGCCGCCUUCUUGAUCAAGUGGAGGAAGGAGAUUCUGGAUGAGGAAGACUUCCAGGGCCUCCUCAUGCUGCUGCAGAACCUGCCAACCAUCCACUGGGGCAAUGAGGAGAUCGGGCUGCUGCUGGCCGAGGCCUAUAGACUCAAGUACAUGUUUGCAGACGCCCCCAACCACUACCGUCGAUAGGUGCUGUCUCCCCUGGGGACCAGACUGCCUCAUCUCUGAUGGCUCUCAUCACUGUGGCCACUGUGCAAGCCAUGGACCCCAGCCAGGAACCACUCCUGCUGUACAAAGCUCACCCCACCGCCGCCACCCAGGUCUUAACUUCACAGCAUCCGCCACGCUGUGUCUCUGAUGUGUGUCUGGGACCACUGUCAGUAUUCUGUGCCGUGUGGAUGGGCCCGACUCUGGGAGAGGCAGAGAAGGAGGUGACGCCGGACAAAAGAAGGGGAGCUCCAGGUCCGUCCCCACGUUGUCCCUACAUGCACCUGCUGGUUCUGCCCAGGACCCAUCUGCUGUUGGUUUUCUUUUACUUUCUUCUUUUAAAACAGGGAACA